UGGGUGGAGAGAGAGAAUGCCCACCAAAAGGGCGGCUUUUCGAAACGAAAGGCCUUCACAAUUCCAUCACUCCACGUCUCUUGCUCUGACGAUUCACAGGUCCGCUCGUUCUCCCUCCCUCACCCCCCAACGUCUCUCGAAGCGGGAAGAGCAAAUCGCGACGAUGGCGGUCGGCGUCCUCGCUCUCCAAGGAUCUUUCAACGAGCACAUCGCAGCGCUUCGCCGGCUCGGAGUGAAGGGAGUGGAGAUAAGGAAGCCGGAGCAAUUGCAGAGCGUCGGCUCUCUGAUCAUCCCCGGAGGAGAGAGCACCACCAUGGCCAAGCUCGCCCACUUCCACAACCUGUUCCCAGCUCUUCGAGAGUUUGUUAAGAUGGGAAAGCCUGUCUGGGGAACCUGCGCUGGUCUCAUAUUCCUGGCUGACAAAGUAACUGGACAAAAAGCAGGAGGACAAGAUCUUAUUGGAGGCCUAGACUGUACUGUCCACAGGAACUAUUUUGGCAGUCAGAUUCAGAGCUUUGAAGUGGAUCUUCCAGUACCGGAGCUUGCAGCAAAGGAAGGAGGUCCUGAUACAUUUCGUGGAGUUUUUAUUCGAGCUCCUGCUAUACUUGAAGUAGGGCCACAAGUUGAAGUGCUUGCCGACUAUCCAGUUCCAUCUGAGAAACCGAUGGAUGAAGCUCACGAGGAGAACAAAGGAUCUGAAAAGAAAGUAAUUGUAGCUGUCAGGCAAGGGAACUUGCUUGGGACUGCCUUCCAUCCGGAGUUGACAGCGGAUUCACGAUGGCAUACAUACUUCCUCAAAAUGGCGAGUGAAAUCGAAGGAGGAGCCUCGAACAGCAUUGUGGCGGUCGAAGGAGGUGAUUUGACUUUCAACCCACAGCCAAAUAAUGAUCUCCCCAUAUUCCAAUAGUUUCACUUUCACCUUGUUGACCUGGGAACAUUCUUUUCACAGUCAUAUUGGUUUCAUUGAUAGGUUACUUUAUGAUGCUCGUCCUCCCCUCAUGUCUUAGUUUUUGGGUCCAGCUUUAGUGUUUCCUCCUGCGUACUGAAUGUGUAUAUAACAUUCCUUCAAAAUAUGGUUACGUCGAUGUCCCGGUUGUAAAAAAUAAGUUGACGAAACUUUAGUAAUUCCGAGGUUUAACUGUAUGAAUUUCCAUUGUUAAAGCACUGAAGAUUUAUUGGAGCA